GUCCCAGCAACCAAACGGCGUGUACCCAUAAGACAUAAGAGAAAAGAAACCAAAUAAAAGAUAUAUACCAGCAUCGAUCAGAUCCGAAUCAAGUCAAAUACAAAAUAUUACAAUAGCCGGAACGGAAACCAGUUGAAAGACAUUUAUCUUGUUUUUUUUCCGUUGUUAAAUCAAAAGAAGAAACGUUUUCCGAAACGUCUGCAUUUUGCAUUGUGAGUGGAUCGCAUCGAAACGGAAUCUUGGAAGCCCGACACAUCGAGGAAUUCCAGAUAGCCAACAGCCAGGAGUAAGAGGAGCUACAUACUACCGAAAAUCUUAGAAAAGCAAAAGUGUUGCGAAUUCGCGUUGACAAAAGGCAAAAGACCCGAGUAGUGCAAAAGAAGCACACCGUUCCGGACCAGUUUGCUCAGCAUCACUAUCACUAAUCCAAUCCGGCAAUCUGCAAGAUCAAGAUCCCAGCCAGAAUCCGGAACAUAAAGCCAAACCAAGUGCAAUUAUGACGGACGUAUCGCAUGAAUUGGGCGCCCUGCGCUUCGUGGUGGACUCGCCGCUGUCCUCCAAGGUAGCCAUGUUCAACAACCAGGCGACGCAGCACAAGCAGUCGCAGCUGCUGAACCCCUUCUCCCAGGACGGACGCGCCUCCUCGCCGAAACCGACCUUCUCGAAGGAUCAGUAUGGAAAACCACUGGCCGGCAGCCUCACGGAGAUGCGUGGCCAAAAGGCUAACAUCCAUGUGAUGAAGGAGAUGCUGGAGCUGUGCCAGAUCAUCAAUUCGGAAGGUUAUGACGUCAAGGAUGAGCCCACAAUGCGUGUGAUUCCCUUUGGCGAGCUGUUCAACAUCUACAACUACAUAUCCGAUAAGGUUGUGGGCAUCCUGCUGCGUGCCCGUAAACACAAGCUGGUGGACUUCGAGGGCGAGAUGUUGUACCAACGGAGGGACGACAAUGUGCCCGUCUUCCUGCUGAAGCCCAUCAAGGAGAUCCGCAGCGAGAUGGAUGCCAAGAUCGAGGACAUCAAGAGGGCGGCAAGUCCGGCGCCACCGCAGUCCACCUCGGUGCUAAUGGAUCGCAGUGCCCAUGAGCAGAAUCUCAAAUCGAGGACUCCCUCGCCGGCGGUGGGCAAGUCGGCUAAGGCCAAGUCGGCGUCGCCCUCGCCGGCGCCUAAGGCUGCUGCUCCUGCACCUGUGCCAGCUCCAGCUCCAGCUCCAGCUCCCGUUGAGAUCAAGCCAGCUCAGCCAGAAGUGCCUGAAGCUGCACCUGUGGCUGUGAUAGUCACCGAAGCUGAAGCAGAAGCACCACCCACAGAAGGAGCCCCGGCAACCGUCAGCGAACCGCAAGCGGCGGAGGCAGUUGCUCCAGUUGCACCUGCAGCCACUGAAGACUUGCCCACAAUUUUGAUCGAAGCCACCGCCGAGUUUGUGCGCACCGUCAGCGUUGAGCAGCUGGCACCCAGUCCGCCAGAAGCCACCCAAUCCUCGCCAGCCGAAGCCCAGCCAGCGUCCACGUCCGCCUAAUCGGGAUGAUGGGUUAGGGGCUUGGAAGCUUGGAGGGGAUGGAACAUCCCCUGAAAUCGUUUAAAAGGAACUCUCGCAACUACUAAAGCGGCAGCUUUAAAUUGCAGUAGUUUAGUUUAAGGCGUACUUAGUUUAAUUUACAAUUAUAGCAACACACACUGAAGACAGAAACGAGAUAGCGACUAUUUAUUUAUUAUUAUUAUAUAUGUAUAUCAUUAACGGACGACCAAAGGAGCCAGUUUACUCAAUUUUUUAAUCAUUACUCUAUUGAAAUUAACUAAAGUUUUCCACUCGCGAAAGUUGGAAAAGUGCAAAGCGAUAUAAUAUUAAUAAAAUAAAUACACGUACUUAGACACAGUAUAA